GUCAAAACGACCUCACAUCUUUUUUUUUUGCAUAUCCUGUUUGACUGCUGUGACUCAGUGGAUGAUGGUGACGACUGUCGGUGAGGAACUAAACCGGAGCUGCGCUGAUGGUUUCACCGCUGCACGUAUUUUAAAGGAAACAAAGAAUACCUAAUGAUGGAUGGGUUUGGGGGCGACAUCCUGAGUGGCGGUCGAGCUCUUCUGGGCGAGGACAGCUCUGUGAUGGCUCGCAUGCAGAAAAAGUUCUGGAAAACCAAGCAGGUGCUGAUCAAAGCCACUGGCAAGAAGGAGGAUGAGUAUGUGGUGGCCUCGGAUGCUGACCUGGAUGCCAAACUAGAGUUCUUCCGCUCUGUUCAGUCCUCAUGCACAGAGCUGCUGAAAGUGAUUGGAAAAUACCAGCACAGGAUCACACUCUUGUCUCAGGAGGAGAACGAGCUUGGCUUGUUCCUACAUUUCCAAGCUGAACACGACCGCAACAAGGCUGGCAACAUGAUGGACGCCACCAGCAAAGCCCUCUGCUCCUCAGCCAAACAGAGGAUGGCGCUCUGUGCACCCCUGCACCGUUUGUACCAGGAAGUGGAGACUUUUAGAAGACGUGCCAUCGCGGACACACUGCUGACGGUCAGUCGCAUGGAGACGGCCCGCACAGAGUACAGGGGCGCUCUGCUCUGGAUGAAGGACAUUUCACAAGAGCUGGACCCAGACACAUACAAACAGCUGGAGAAGUUCCGCAAGGUCCAGGCCCAGGUCAGAGGCUCAAAGGGUCAGUUUGAGAAGCUGAAGAAUGACGUGUGUCAGAAGGUUGACAUGCUGGGAGCCAGUCGCUGCAACAUGCUGUCACACUCGCUCUGUACCUACCAGACCACUCUGUUACACUUCUGGGAGAGAACUGCCAACGCCAUGUCUGACAUCCACAAGUCCUUCCAAGGACACGUGCCAUAUCAGUUCACCACACUGAAGGAUCUGAGGGACCCUCUGGAGCAGAUCACAGAGCUUCAAAAAGGCAUGGAUGAACAGAAUAUUCCUCCACCAGACAAUCUGGUUUCCUUGGAUGACGAUCCCACCGUGGACUCUGAGAAGGACAGUAAAAUUAGUGACUUUGCUCGACCGAAAGCUUCAGCAGCAUACGCAGCUAUGGCUGAUCACAGUAGAGCAGCAGCAGCAGCAGCAGGUGGAGCUGGAGCUUCUAAUGCAGACCUCCUGCUCAUGUCCUGUGAGGAAGCACAGCCUCAGCCUCCGUGUCCCCUCCAGGCUGGAGACCAGUCACAGCUGUGGAGCCUGUCACUGCCUCGCUCUGCUGAGACGUCACUGAGACCAGAGGAGGAGGACGGUGAACUCGGGGACAUGUCUUUCCUCUCAGAUCUCUUGAGCCCAGGUCCAGCGUCGAGUGAUGAAUUUAGCAGAGAGUGGCAGGAAGCCUUUGGAAUGUUUGAGUCCCAAAAAGUAGAAGCAGGAGGACCAGCAGCAGCAUCAGCACGAGGAGGACACGAGGAGGAGCAGAAGCAGCAGGCAGCAUCAGCAGCACCAGCACGAGGAGGAGCAGGAGCAGCAGCAGCAUCAGCAGCACCAGCUCCAGCACCAGCACCAGCACCAGGAGGAGGAGUGGCAGCAGGAGCAGCAGGUCUUCGUGGCCUGGGUGGCUUCCUGCCGUCACAGUUGCUUGACCAAAGUCUGAGCGCCACAGGCUGGUCGACUCCGCCCAUGUUCAAAGCUCCGCCCCUGCAGCUCCCCGCUGACCACAACCCAUCAUCUCAGCCAACUCCGAGUUCAGCUGCUAACGCACCAGCAGGUGGCUCCAAAGACAUGUCUGCAUGGUUCAAUCUGUUCGCAGACCUGGAUCCUCUGUCUAACCCAGACGCUAUUGGACGGUCGGCAGAUGAGCUGCUCAACGCCUGAAGGUCGUCCGUGUGUGUUUGUGUCACACAUGAAUAUGUUAGCAAGCAGAUAUUUUAAAACACUAAAAGAAAAACACAGAUGGUUGUUAAAAACUGUAAAGUGAUCUUCAACACUGGACAACAAUGCUACUAUUAGUGCCGUCAUAAGAUCCUUGUGCGUUUGUGUGUGCACAGCAGAGUGGAUGUUGGGAUUGCGGGGGUUAAUUCAGGGUUAACUCAUGCUUUGCUUUUGUUGCCUUGUUUUUACAUUGAAAAACAAAUGUAAAACUUGAUUAACCACAAACAUUCUAUUUACUUCAACUUUGCCUUUUAAUUUAACUGGAGGAGUUAAACAGAUGAUUAAAAAAACAUGGCAGUUCUUUUUCCAAUAAACUGUACAAGCAAA